AUGACCACACGUUCUCAUAACCUCGGCACCCUGCAAACACACCUCGUGAACGCACACAGCUUCCACCCCACCCUUGCACUCACCCUUACACCCUCGUCGUCCAUCCCUAUCUCGGCGCUCGACACCGUAGCGUGCGAUGCCAACCUGCUGCUCCACCUGCCGAGCGGGGUGUUCUACGACCCGUACACGGCGAGCAAUGAUGUGAUCGGCGCGACGAAGAAUGGGAGGAGGGCGCAGAGGGGCACGGUGUUGACGUCUGUACGAGCGGUGGAGUUGGAGAAGGCGGUGGGUUGGGUCAGCCGUGCGAGCGACGCGAAGGGUGGCAAGAGGCAGUGGUGGGAGCGUGCGGAAGAAGCAUCUGGCGCGGAAAACGAGGGCUGGCUGGGAGGGUUGGAGGGGCUGGAUCUGCAAGACGUGCUGUCGGCCGCGUUGAGGAAGAAAGCGGCGGAGGUGGUUGGUGUGUCAGAGCCUGUUAAGCUUAGUCUGGAGCAGGGUAAUCGGGUGAAGGUCAAGCCGCACGAGGCGCCGCAGCGCAAAGGUGAGGACGAGCGGGAACGAAGCACGGUAGUCGUUCCGAUCGACAUCGACGACCUGCUCAACAGCGACGGCGCCUUUCGACUCGAUGUGCCCCUACACGUCAGGUACCUCCCCCCUGCCACGAGUGCUACAGUCAACACCAUCCCCUCCUCGUCCUUCUCCGACCUUUGGCUCGACAUCCUCCCCACCCACGCGCUCAGCCUCUACCACACCAUCCGACGCCACCUCGGCCUCCAAUCCCCGCCAACCUCACCCAGCCGCAGCAAGGCCCACAACGUGCACCUCACGCUCCCACCCCCGACGAUCUACCUCGCCUGCCCCCCCUCCUCCGCUUCUUCGACGUCCGACUCGUCGGUGUCUAAGCUCUUCCCGAAGACACACGCCCAUCUCACGUCCAAACUCAUCGAGUCGCAUCCACCGAACUUCGUCGUCGUUGCACAUGCCAAGUCGACAGCGCCGCUCAAGCUGAGCGUCCCAGUACCCGCGGAGUCGCUACUGGCCGCCGUACAGCUGACCACGUUGGUGACGGUCGUGGCUGCAGCGUUGGGCGUGGUGUAUCAUUUGGCGGUGAACGUGCUGCCGAUGGUGGAGCAGGUGGAGAAGUUGGGGUGA